AUGGGAAACGUUCUAAAGCCUCACACAGAAGAUCCUCUUUCAUUUACUUACGAGCCUCUCCUCAGCUCACCAAACAACGAGGAUCUGAGAGUCUUCAGCGUCACGGAACUGAAGAAAGCAACGAAUAACUUCAGAAAAGGCAGGGUCGUAAACGAAGAGGAUGGCUCUAUUCGAACAUUCUACAAGGGCUCCAUCGAAGACACCUCAUCAAGAACUAAAGCAAGAAUCUCUGUCAUGGAAUGUCUUCAAGAUAGUUUAGAGGCUAUAGAAGCAUGGAAGGGACAGGUGGAGUCUCUAGGAAAACAUUCUCAUCCAAACUUGGUCAAGUUUUUGGGCUAUUGUUGCGAAGAUAGAAAAUCACUAUUGGUGUUUGAAUACUUGCACAAAGGAACUUUGGAUCAUCACAUUCAUGGAAAGAAAGAGAUGUUGUCAUGGGCAACACGGGUUAAGAUAGCCAUUGGAACAGCUCAAGGUCUCGCAUUUCUCCACUCAAUCAAUAACUCUUCGCUAUACUUUGAACUCAGAUUACACAACAUUAUGCUUGACGAGGAAUACAACGCAAAACUGUUUUACCUUGAAACAAAAAAAAAUUAUCUGGAAAGACCAAGGAGGCUUGAUAAAGGACUUGCAUACAUGCCUCUUGAAUGUCUGAUGUCAGGUUCGUUUCAAAUGGAUACAGAUGUUUUUGCAUUUGGUGUGAUCUUGCUUGAGCUUUUUACUGGUUUGAAGACUAAAAGGUUAUUAGAAGUUAGGAAAACUAGACCUUUAUUGUUUACGGAAAAACUUGACCCACGACUUGGGAGCGAUUAUCCUGUGACUGCGGCUAUGGAGAUGAGUACACUCAUUGAAAGAUGCACCGGGGACAAGGGUACACGACCGUCCAUGCAACAAGUUUUAGAUGUUCUGAACUCUAUUACAGAGAUUAACUAG